AUGACUCAUUUCGUUGGUGUUGAUUUUAAUUCAUUAUAUCCUUCAUCAUUUUCAUCUAAUCCUCAUGAUUUCAUUCAAUAUACUGACCAUAAAAUGUAUAUGCCGGGAAGAUUGAAUGGUGUUAUCAUUUGUGAUACAGCAACAAAGAAAGCAAAAGCACUGGGAAUAAUUAAGAAGAAAAAUACUUUAUUCGUUGCUGAAGUAAAGGGUCACAUUGAUGAAAAAUACAUUAAUGAUUACAUAAACUUUUUACCGAUAAUAAGAAACUUAGAUAUUAUCACAGAUGAAAAAACAAUUGGUAGUUUUAUGUAUAAUUACAUGAAAUCAAACAAUCUACCAGUUGACCAGAAACAGAGGAAAUUAACUCAGUUAGCAUCAACACACAACCAAUAUCAACCAUUUUCUUCUUAUUAUCUUUGGUAUCUAAUAGACAGAUUUCAUUUUAUCAUUGAUGAUAUUCAAUCAAUUUUAACAUUUACUAAAAACACUUGCUUUAAUGAAUUUGCGAACAAAUUUAUGAACGAAAGACAAAAGGCUGAAUUAGAAGGAAAUAAAGGAAAAAGUUUAUUUUGCAAAAUUUCACUUAAUGGAUCAUAUGGUUACGAUGCAAUGAAUACACAAAAUUACGCAAAGACUAAAAUAAUGAAUGCACAGAAGGCACGCGUUGCAUGUAUGUCAAAUAAGUUUAAAAACAUAAGAGAAAUAGGUGAGGAUACAUAUCAAAUGAUGCUUAAAGAUAGAUUUUAUAGAUGUGAUACAUGUUUACAAGAGGCAUUCUUCACUUUAGAUAAUGCCAAAUACUGGUAUUUAGUUUUCAUUUAUGAUUUUAUGUAUAAAUGCAUGAAUGUUAAUCGUUUUCAUUUCAUUGAAGGUGAUACUGAUUCAUCUUAUUGGGCUAUUGCUGGUGAUCCAAGUCUUCCUAACACUCAAGCAUUUCAAGCAAUUGUUACUGAUAAACAAUUUUAUGAUAAAAACAUUUUCAAAUUCGCACCAUUUGAUUUCUUCUGUUUUGAUGAGAAAUUUAAACCUAAAUUAAAGAAUAAAGCUGAAGAAAAAGCACAUGAGAAAAAAUUAUUGGGUUUAGCAAUUGAGAAACAAGGUGAUAACAUGGUGGCGUUAUGUCCUAAAUGUUAUACAUCAUUCAACGGUUCAAUUGAUGGGAGUGAUUUUAAAAAGAUUGCACAAAAAAUGAAGGGUGUUAGUUUAAGACAAAAUAAGCAAUUAACACCUAAAAAAUAUUUGGAUAUAAUAAAUGAUAAAGUGAUAUUUGAUGGUCAGAAUAUUAAUUUACAACUUAAAAACGGGUCAAUGACUCGCUUAACAAUCGGUAAGACUGCAUUAACAGGAGCACACACUAAGGCUGUAUGUUGUGAAAAUGGAUGUUGUAUGCCAUUUAUUUAA